GUUUUUUUUGGGGGGGGUGAAUAGUUUGGCUAAAGUUACGACAGCUAGCUAACGCUAAGUUUGUAUUGUUUCUGAAACUUAGCUAGACCUGACUGACGUUGCCUAACAUUUGUUUUCAUCUUUCUGGAUGACUGAGUCGCCACUUGGCUCAUUUCAUUUAUCUCCUCAGCUUGUUUGCAUUGGGUAUCUGUCAGCUAACAGGUUUUAUCCCCUAUGUUAUGAGCGUUUCUGAGCUCGAUGUCACGUCCAGCUGUGUUAAUGUGACUUCUGUACAGAGAUGGCCACCGCGCCAGACUCUUCACUUCAUAUGAGAUCCACUGAUCUGAUCAAAAAAGAGGCCCUGGACUACGGAGGAUUUGGGGAAGUUUAUCUCUGCUACCAUGCGACCCUGGGCCAGGUGGUGUUAAAGACUAUGUAUACAGGCCCUCUUCGUAACGAGGAGAGUAAAAGGUCACUGCUGGAGGAGGGGAACAUUAUGGCAAGCCUGAACCAUGAGCGGGUGGUCAAGUUGCUGGGUGUGAUCAUGGAGGAUAGAGACUGCUCUCUAGUCUUGGAACUCAUACCCAGGGGCAACCUGUUGGUCAUGUUAGAGCAGGUAUCUGUGCCAGUGUCCAUCAAAGGCAGGAUAAUCUUUGAAAUUUUGGAAGGGAUGGUGUACCUUACAGACAAACGCGUCAUACACAAGGACCUCAAGCCAGGAAACAUUUUAGUGGACAAAGAUUUUCACAUCAAGAUUGCAGACCUCGGCCUCGCCACCUGCCACACAUGGAGCAAACUCACAAAGGAGGAGUCUCGCAGGAAGAGCCGUAUGGGCCGAACAGCCAGUGUGAGAGGUGCAGGGACUCUGAGUUACAUGGCUCCUGAACACCUGGAGAGUAUACAUACACCCUCCACUGAGAAAUCUGACGUCUACAGCUUUGCUAUUGUGGUUUGGGUCAUCCUCACAUGUGAAGAGCCAUAUCCGAAUGCCAGGAGUGAAGACCAUAUCAGCCAGUGUGUCCGCAAUGGAGAAAGACCAGCAGAAAACCUUAUUCCAGACAACACUCCUGCAGAGAUAAUUGACCUAAUGAAGAGAUGCUGGGAUGGCAGUCCACAGAAAAGGCCAACAUUUAAAGAGGGCUAUGACUCAUUUCUUCGUUUCUACACGGAAAAGCUUGAACCAGAUGUAGAGACAGACUUACUUCAUCUGAGGGAAAUGUAUGAAGGCCCAGAAGAAUUUGUUGAGAAGAUGAAAUCUUUAUCACUGACCUGUGGAUGUUAUUCAGCAGACAGCCCAGCUCCUUUGAUGAGUUCAGACAGAAAUAUAUCUGUCCCAGUUGAAGCCAGUAUUGAGGACCUGAAUGGUAUCCAAUGUGAGCUAGCCAUGGAGUCAAUGGAGCAUCACAUUCAGACAGAUGCAAAGGUGGUCAGCAGCCCUUCAGCUGUUGAGGAGAAACUGGAUCGGGAGUUGAAGUACCACAAGUACGGCAGCUAUAACUGUGAGGAGCAUCAGAACAAUAAUUUCCUGCCAAACCACCUUAGUAGUUCAGAUAAUAAUGUUAGGCAACCAGAUCAAGACAGACCCUACAAUGUCUCCUCUGUCCAUUCAUGGACAAAAGCUGAGGCAGUGCAGCCAACCAGCCAGGAAGAGCCCUGGCAUCACGCUAUUGCUGGUCUCCAUGAUUCCAUGACGUCCUGCACACCUACGCCAUCCCACUUGCCUAUGUCUGCCAGCACCCCUUCUCUACAACACUUUAACCAGCAACAUCCAUAUUCUCACUAUGACCGCCAACAGUCCUGGCCAGUUUACCCAGUGUCUGAUACAGCUGCCCCUGACAUCACUCCCGGACGUCUCUUGGCCUCUUCCAAGAGUGCCUCGCUACAAGAUCCAGGAUCUCUUUUCAUUCAGAAUGCCAGGGGGAUCCAGAUUGGCAACAACAACACGCUGAGUAUCCUAGGUUACGAGUCUUCCUGUAGUCUAUUAUCAACAGGUGCUAACAGCUCAGCUAACUCUUCCAUCAAAGAAGCCAUUCAGAAAUAUGAUUUACCUUCACGGUUUCAUUCAGAGGAUCAUGCUGUGACUGAGGAGCACCUGGAUCUGCUGAGGGACAACAUCGGGAACAAAUGGAAGCGAUGUGCGCGGGGCCUGGGUCUGACCAGUGUGGAAAUAGAGACCAUUGAGCACGACUACUACCGUGACGGCCUGCCAGAGAUGGUGCACCAGAUGCUGGAGCGCUGGAAAAUGAAGGAGGGAAGUAUUGGCUGUACAAUUGGGAAGCUGUGUCGAGCCCUGGAAGGCAAAGUAAAGGUAGAUGUCAUCCAGAAAAUAUUGGACAACUGCAGUUCCUUCUCCAAGAUCUGAUCAACUUGGCUCACUUGGCAGAUUUGCCACAUUCCCUCCAAAUGACUUUCUGACUAUUAUGCCUCUGGAGCUAUCAUGAAUUUAAAGUGGUUGGUUUAAACAAAUCACUCACAAACCAAAUCGCAUUUUUUGUUCCCUAGCCCAGUGUUGACUUUAUGUGCCGAGGUUUUGAAAUACCAUCUCUACACUGCCCCCCAAUACAUUCAAUGUUAAUGGAAUUCCGUUUGUGCUGCCUAAGGCACUGAAAGAUGUCAUACAUAACUUGCUUUUUUCAUAGAGACAAUUUCUUUCAAUGCUUACUUCACAUUUUAAGACAAAUACUGUCAAACGUGCUACAUCAAUUUCUGUACUGUCAAACCUUCAGAAAUUGUACUAUGUGAUGGCAUUAUGGAAAAGCCAUCAAGUUUGUACACAGUUACUGUUACUUAGCAAAAGAAUUAACUUAUUCAGGGGCUGUCAAAUGGUAAACAUUUAUUCCAGCCAAACACAAACUCCAAUCACAGAACAGGUAGUCGGUGAACCUCAAAGAAGCUCAGUAGUUACAGGUGAAAAAAAAAAGCAGAUUGUACAAAAGAAUAAAAGCCAUAAUGCAGUAUUCCACAAAUAAUGUGUAUUAUUGUUGUCAUCCCUGUGUUUAUUAGGGGUCAGUACAUGUGUUCAUGAGUAAAUCAAACUCCUAAUUCGUAUUAAUCGAUGCGUUUAUGUAUUCCAAUUAAUGUAAUUUCCCCAAAUUACUCUAAAACAAAAGAGUGCCUGAACUUUUAUAUAGCCUCGAGAGUGUAGAUUUGCUGUAAUGAUAUGUAAUUAUCUUCAAAUUCAGGAGAUGUUACGCUAUACUGUAUCAAGCAUCUUGUGUUAGGGUAGAGUUUCUGUCAUUCAUCAGAUUGACAUGUAAAAUUGCAACCAAAAAAAACAACAACAAAAUACUAAAUAUGUUCUCACUUCACAAGCCUUACCAAACCCGGAUCAUCUGAAAUGCCGUUUUGACAUUUUUUAAUAAAUUGUGUGUGCAUAUGUUUGUAAAAAUGUCAAAGCGAAUGUGUAUUACAUGUAUUUGAUAGAUUACACCACACAAUCGGUUAUUGUUUCUAGAUUGUUUCCUUCAGAUCAUUUUUCUUAUCGCCUGCAACUAUUGACUGGAUAUCAAUAUACUGUAGGCUUGGGCGGUAUGUAUGUUUUCAUAACAUACCUUCCUGACAUUUUAUCGGGUAAUAAAACAAAACUUAAAAGCU